AGCACCUCGUCUUUUCUUUGUGUGUUCCUUUCCUAACUACAAGAGAGGAGGAAGCCGUUGAUAUGUGAUCAUUUGCUAUUUAUUCUUCGACGAUCCCCAUCAAUCGUCUCUGUACUACACUGGUUUCAUAGCAUAAUAACAGAAGCAAGAUGGACGACGAACGGGAUGCGAGGGAGCGUUUGAACAAGCGACGAGUCUACAGAGACACACUGUUGAAUUUAGGUGUAAUUGCGGCGCUUUUUUUGGUCAUCGCAUCUGCCUUCUUUCCAAACUGGAGCUCUGUUUGGUUUUAACCGCGUCAGGACGAUGCCAGCGGCGGUGAUCUUGACGCACUUUAUUCUUCCCUCUUUCCUUCACGAUCCAUACCUUUACCUGGAGUCGCAUGGACGAGGUCAAUCGAAAUAACCAUACUCCAUCUCUGAAAUGCUUUAAAAAAUCUGGUGAAUGAAAUAUAAUGAUGAAAAACAGCAACAAAAUGAAGAUGUUCGGCGCAGUGGCUCCCCUUUCUGGCACGCCUACUUGCGGUUCGAGGAUACGGGGCAUCACGACACAGGUGACGCCGACGGUGCGAGUGGGGAACCGUCGCGAAGCUAAGUGUCUUGCAUCCGCACCUAGUCAAUUAAUACCUCGAAAGCAUCAUAUCGCGUGGGUGAAUGGCACUGGUAAGCAGAUGAGUGACCCGCCGCAAGGAAGAAACGAUUUGUCACAGAACACGGUUUGCAGCUGUUUAACAGAACACGGUGCUGAGGGGAUCUCCGGAUUCAUGGCGUUCCGACCGCAAGCUUCGUUCAACAGGAGAGCCACUCCGUUGUUCAACACAGCGCGAGUUUUCAAAAGCUCUCGUCGAGCUUUUUUUACGCUCUCUCGGACUGUGUUUGACAGUAACACGAAAGCCAACAAGGUGCGCCCAUUUGAACGGCUUGCUGUGCGAGCCGCGCGCGCAGAAAAUCGACUCCGCAGAAAAGGCAUCACGAAGUACAACAAGAGGUUCCGAGCUUGGUCGCAACGCCGCGUACGAAAGUUUCGCAUCGCUCUGCCGGUCGUGUUAACGUCCGACCCGGGUCUCAUGGACGCCAAAUACGUAACGGCUUGCAUGCACAAGGCCGCAAUGUGGCGAAAACGCGAUAUCUCAUUGUGGAAAGGGUACACGGCGCGGGUUUUGGAGAUCGCAGACUCCCUGGAUCCAGUAGAUUGGGGGUACGCCUUGUGGGCAUGUGGAAAAGCAGAAUACUUGUCCAGAGAAUUUUUAUGGCGCAAGAUUUUGUUGGAAGACUGUGGCAUAUGCAGCAAAGAUUUGCCUGAAGAAGAAAGCUAUCUCUGUCUUGAUUUCGGAAAUUGAGAUUCCAGAAAUGAGGUGAUCGUCUCUGUUAAUCUCGCAUAACGAUGGCAUGCUGAUCAUGUACCACGGGGAUUCGUUGUAAAAGUCCUUUUAGGUUUUUUUCACAUGGCCUUUUAGGAUUCUUUCAAUCUUCCCGGCAUUACAAAAAAAAGCACUUCGCUCAUUAAAUCUCCAAAUCCAAAUCCAAGAAGAGUCAUGUCUCACUUUCAUUUCUUUAUCUCGGGAUCCGUCCGUACCUCGUGGAGCAGAUCCCGCACAUGGGUUCGAGCGGACUGAUGUCGCUUUUAUGGUGCUUCAAGCGCAUUCACUAUCGCGAUGUGGAGUUGUGUCAGCUUGCUUUACGAACUGCCUUAGACAAACUGGAGGACAUCCGACCACCCGACUUUGUCAAGAUCGCGAAUGCCUGUGCUAGCCUAGACGUCAUACAGGGAUUUACUCAUGGGGAGAAGCAGAAGAGUAGUAGUUUUUCGGGGCGAGACGGUAAGGCCAGCAUUGUCAAUAAAGAGAAGAGAAAACCUGCGAAUGACAAAUAUUUUUCGAACCACGAGCAGCAUCCGUUUUUAUCGACGUCAUCACGCACGGGUGGCGCAACUGCUGCUUCGUUGGUGGGUGCUACGAAUGGUUUAGAGACUGGCGGGCCUUCCCAAAGUAGGGGAGUGGAGCUGCAAAAAAGCUCUCCAACUCAGCUGUCCCUGCGAAAAUACCUCACUGAAACGCUUCCUGCGAUGCUGCAGGGAGAUCGACCUGUCCAUCACAAAAACGCGGAUAGUCUACGAGCGCGAUUGGUCGAGGCCUUGCUCGAGAAGUAUGACCGCUGCACUGCGCAAGAAUUUCGUGACGCUGUGAAUCCUGUGACUGCGGCAGUCUUUGCCAUUGACCGACCGGAAUUUAUUCACUACCUUCUGGCUCGAUUUCGUAAGAUUUUCGUCACCUCGAGGCCGCAUCACUUGUUGUUAUGUGAGAUUUUUUGAGGAGUGACUUCCUUCCCUCUCUACUACGAGCCAGGAUACGAACUUACUUACUUAUACUAGACUAGAUACAAUAUCUCUAAGCGCUGUAGUUCAAUAAUUUUGACUAGUCAAUAUGUGAAGCAGGAGCAGCUUUACUCGCUUUUAGAUUCCUGUCGCAGAAGGCAGAUAAAAAUCAUAGUGAUCAAUGACCUUCAUGUUACAAAGCAUACGAGACUGCUGUUGUAUGUCGAGUUCUGUUUCCGGAAGUGUGGAGAGACCUGACGAAGCAGGAGAAAGAGUUCUAUGCAAAGUUGGCAAUGCGGCAUAUACCCUGCUUCUCGAAGUCGCCCGACGGAUUUCAUUGGAAUGUUAGCAAACACCUUUCGAUUCUGGAGUUGAAUCACCGUAAUGCUUUCCGUUGGGGUCCCUUCUGGCUUGAUAUCGGCCUAGAGAGCGUGGUCAAUAGCUCAGGCAGCAGAAGCGACAUCAAUAAUAUUCACGAACAAGACGAAGGAGACGCUGCCGCUGGUGCAGACUGGGAUCGUAGAAACUGCAUUUUGUUGGAUCGCCAGACGGCAUUUUACUUCGGCACGAAUCGAUAUACGCGUCUUCGAAAGUUGCAGCAUCAAUUACUGUCACAUCUUGGUUGGAAUGUUCGGCAUGUUUCUUAUGGUGAUUGGUUUUCGCGCUUCCGGAAUCCUGGCGCAGAUGGGGAGGCUAAGCGUCAGUUUUUAGUCAAUUUAUUAUCGGAACCGGCAAGUGAAAUUCUUCUGGAUUCAGAAAAACAAAUUUCGUACUGGCAGAUGAGCAGGCAAAUCGGAAGACAGAAAGCGUACUUCGAACGCGUUUCCACUUGGAAAAAGCAAAAUGGGCGCAAAGUGGAAGUUCGCUUUUCUUAG